CGCCCCGCCCCGCGCGCCAGAUGCUGUGCCCCGAGGACGUGGCCGCCCUGGGCCACGAGGACCUGCUGGACUUCCUCCUGGGCGAUGGCGGCCCCGCGCAGGACCUGCCGGGCUCCCUGCUGGAGGAGGGCUGGGGCCCGUCGGAGGCAGAGGUCUUCGGCGACGAGGAGGUGGAUGACUUCCUGCAGUGCCUCCUGAGCCCCUUCCUGGAGGGGCCCGGCUGCUCCCUGGACCCCUCCCCGCCGUUCGGUGACUGUGGUCUGGCGGAGGAGCCGGAUCUCUCGGGCAGCCCCUCAGGUUGGUGGGCGGCCCCCGCGUGCAGCUCCUCCAUCUCCAGAAGUAUCCAGUCGGAUCACAACUACUCCUCGCAUCCAGAGCCCCCAGGGGAGGAAGCUGCGCAGCUGGAGAGCAGCAGGGGCGGCUCCGGGCUGGGCGAGGCAGAGGUGGCCAUCGAGCUGGAGAUCUGGGGGGAUGCAGAAACCUCUGAGGGGUCCAGCUGCAGCAGCCGGGGAUCUGCCCUGCCCAUCGCAGUGCCGAUCGAAGAGCCCCUGGUGGGACCGAGGCAACAGUUUGAUUUUCCUCCCUUGGUCCUGACGGAUGAAGAGAAGCGGCUUCUGGAGAAAGAGGGCGUUUUGAUCCCUUCCAACCUGCCCCUGACCAAGGCCGAGGAACGGGCCCUGAAGAGAGUCCGCCGGAAGAUCCGCAACAAGCAGUCCGCCCAGGACAGCCGCCGGAAGAAGAAGGUCUAUGUGGACAGCCUGGAGAGCAGGGUGGUGGCCUGCACAACCCAGAACAACCAGCUGCAGAGGAAGGUGCAGUUUCUGGAGAAACAGAACCUGUCCCUGCUCGAGCAGCUGCGGCAGCUGCAGGCCCUGGUCCAGCAGUCCUCCACCAAGACUACCACGGCCAGCACCUGUGUCAUGGUCUUGCUCUUGUCCUGCUGCCUGAUCCUCUCACCCAGCCUGUACCCCUUUGGAGGCCAGGGGCAGCAGCAGGAGCUCCAGGGAGUGCUGUCUCGGAGGCUGCGGGAGUACCAGAGCGGCAGCACCCAGGUCCCGGCCGGCGCGUCGUCUCCUGGGGGGGCGCCCGGGAGCGCCUCUCUCGGGGCCCUGCUGCUUUCCAAGGAGGCAGGCCUCGAGGGACCCCUGCAGCCCACAGGGAGCCUCAACCAGUCACUGGAGGGCCCGGGCCGCCAGCCGGAGGGCCAGCCCCCUUCUGCUGGCAGCGGCAGCAACUUCUCCUCCGACUCCUCCUCCCUCCGAGCAGAGGGGCUGCAGAUGCAGUCCCAGGUGCACCAGCCUGUGGGGCAGGAGACGGCUCCCCCACCUGCCUCUGCCGGGCAGAAGCGUGGCUGGGUGGACCGUACCACCAGUGUGAUCCUGCAGCCCCACCGCUCUGACGAAAUGUGAGGUCCUCGGGCUGUGGGGCCGUUUGCCUGCAGCCCGGGGGCAGCCGGGCAGGCCAGCCGGCCCUCGGAAGUGCUCCGCUUGCUGCGUGCUGCGGGUGGCAGGAGCCAACUCCGGCGAGGGACCGAAGGCACUCCCUUGGACUGUGCUGCGCGGGAGUGAUGGGACUGGGGAGUCCGGCACGUCGGGUGAGGGAGGCUGCCUCGGGUGCCAGACGCAGCACCUCUGGCCUAAUGCGGAGCCCCAGGCUGGGGUCGACCGCCGUUCGUCUGGCGCCUGGUCAGGCCGAG